AUGAUGCAAACAGAUACAUCUCAUCAUGUACAACAUCAACCAACUACUGAUGAUCUUGUUCCAGUAUCAAAUGAUACUUUAUCAUCAGUUAAUAAUAUGAUAUCACCAUUAACAUUUUCUAUGUCUGUUACAAAUCCAAUGGUUAAUACUGUAUAUCCACGGUUAAGACGAGAAUCUAAUUUUGAACUUGGAUGUCGUCGAGCAGGUUAUACAAGUUAUCAAAUACUUGAAUUAGAAAAAGAAUUUCAUUAUACCAAAUAUUUAACACGUUAUCGACGGGUUGAAAUUGCUCAUGCUCUUGAUUUAACUGAACGACAAAUUAAAUGUUGGUUUCAAUGUCGUCGAUUUGAAUGGCAACUUGAAGGAUCUAGAUCACGUAAUGAUCCACAUGUUGAACUCGACGCAAAUACAACAAAUCAUGGUCGAAAUCAUCAUUCAUAUGGUAUAUGA